GUAGGACAUGAGUUUGCUGCACACUGUUUCGAAUACCACCAUCUUCAAAAUAAUCGGCCUAAGAGCUGAGGAAGACAUGUUGAAGUUUCUGAUUGCAGCCUUGAUCCUCCUCCUGGCCGUGUGUGAGGUGUCAUGUGCGUGUGGGAGAGCUGAGUAUCUAAUUGGACAGGAGUGCUGCCCCAUGUGCGGACCUGGUUAUUACGUAAGAAGGCACUGCACAGAGUACACGAGUACGACGUGUGUUCCAUGUUCCCAAGGAUCUUACACUGAUGCACCCAAUGGACUUGAGGCAUGCAGGUCGUGCAGGGUAUGUGACUCCAGACUCAGGUUAAAGAGAGCCUGCACCCCAUCCUCAGAUGCACUCUGUGAACCUCUGGAGGGGCACUACUGCACUGAUCCAACCAAAGAUGGCUGCCAAGGAGCUGUGCGACACACAGAGUGCUUAUCUGGACAAUACAUUAAACGACCAGGAUCAGAUAUUUUAGAUGCUGAAUGUGAUGACUGUGUUGGUAAAGAAUAUUCAGAUGGAUCAUUCACAUCCUGCAGACCACACACAAGGUGUGAGGAGAAGGGGCUGAUAGUCCUGGCAGAAGGAUCAAUCUCACAGGACACC